UUAACUACACAUACAUAUAACUACAUGCAUAAAUUAUAACAGUAAUAAUAAUAAAAAUAAAAUUUAAUUAUUAUUUAUAAUUAUUAUUCAAAAUAUUUUAAAAAAAAAAUAUUAUCUAAAACUAAACUGUAUAAUAAAAGAAAAAAAAAAAAUAUGGAAAAUGCUACAUUUACACAAAAUCCAAUGUCAAAUGAGGCAUUGGUUGUUCUAUCGGAGGCAGCUUCUGGAUUACAUGAAGUUUUAAGAAAUCAAAGGCCCAUUCAACAUAGGAAUUCCUCAUUUUGCAGUCUUUUUGUACCUAAACAAUUGCUUCCAGAUGCCAAAGAUUUACAUAAUAUGUCGUUAAUGUCUGGUUAUGGAAGUCAUCUUUUAAGUAAUUUCCCACCGCAAUUUUUGCAAUUCAAUCCAACAUUAUUAGCAAACAGUGCAGCAGCUGCUGGGAACUUUUUUUCAAAUGACAGAUUAGUAUCAAAGUCUAUGUUAUCAAAUUUUCAAUUUUCAUCAGCUUUUUCACCACCAAAAUACAUAGGAAUCGAUCAAAAUUUUUUCAACAGUUGUGAAUCACUUCGUACAACAUCAACAAGUCCAGCUUGUACAUCACAAGAUUCAUUAGAAGAAUCAAAUGAAUACAAUGAAGAUAAAAGUGGUAGUCCUAGAAGUAAUAAUUCAGAUCCAAAAGACAUUAGGCAAUUUCAUUUGCAACCAAGUAAACACUGUCCAGUAUGUGGAAUACAGUUAUCAUCAGAUGAUUGGAAUUCACAUUUUUUAACUGAAUUAGAUCGAUUAUAUAAACUGAGCAGUGGAGUUGAAAGACCCCAUUUUAGUAAUGAGCCAUAUCAAAGUCAUGAUGAAUUAAUAAGAUCUAAGCAUAACAGAUGGGAAACUUUCCAACGAAUACAACAAAACCGACAAGGUCGUUUUAAAAUCAAAGUAAGAAAACGUAAACAUGGAAAAGAUUUAUUUUUUAUGGAAAAUUUAUUUUGUCGAUCCUGCCCAAUUUGCAGAAGAAAAUUUGCCUUGGAUCCUGAUAAAGAUGACGAAGAGAAUCAAUCGAAAGAUAAUCAAUCUGAAACAAUUGAUGUUGAAGGAAAUUGUGAAUGUGUAACUGGAUCUGAUUCAAAUCCACAUAGAAAAAUUGAAAAUAAUUAUACAACAGCAGCUGUUGAAAGAGAAGACUGUGUAUCGAAUUCAAAUAAUAUUUGGGACAUACAUCAUAUAUACAACCAUGAUAAAACAAAGUUAGAACAACCAUCUACUACUCAAACACUUUAUAUGGCGGAUUCAUGUGAAGAAAAUAAUUAUGAUCAAUCAAAUAAUAAUGAUAGUGAUGAAGAUAUUAUUGUCGAUGAUGAUAUUAGUAAACCAAUAAUAAAGCCAAAACCAACAAGAAGCGAAGAAAUCAGGCAUACAACAGUUACACCACCCGAUGAUGUGCAAUCCGAACCACAGGUUACUAGUUCUGAAGAAGCUGAAAAUGUUCGUGAUUCACCGAUUAUUGAGGAACCAGUUUCAAAAAUACCAAAAAUUGACAAUCCCAAUAGUAUAAAGGAAAAGGCUGAAAAUGAGGAUUACAAAUGUUUUAUGUGUACAAGACAUUCUAAUACACCUGGUGUUAAACCACUAUUUCAUCCUUGUUGUACUCAUGCUUAAGGACGGUGAUGAUUUUAUUAAUUUUAGAUAAAUUUAAUCAGAUAUUACAUAAAAAAAAACGGCCAUGCGAUAUGAAUUUAAAUUAGUAAAUAUUAAAUAAAGCAAAAUAAAAAAUUAUUAACACACCAAACAAAGUCAUUUAAAUA